AGAUCUUGUGGUUUGUGCAAGAGCUUCUGGGACAGAAAAAGGGAGAGAGAGAGAUCUGGUUCCUUCUGUCUGCUUUUUUUCCUGAUUGCAAGGGUGCAAUUAGGGUGCAUGCUCCCCAUUGCAAGGGGAUAGUGGGGUUGGGGGUCCUCAGCCUGGAACUGGUAGGGGUCUCCGCUUUUGGAGCGUUGCCUUUGCUGAUUUGCAAAGCUAGGGCGUUGUUUGGGGCGCCUGCGACUUUUUGAAGGCCUGCUACCCCGGGGAAGCGAAUCUUCGGAGGGUGGGUGUUGUUUUUUAAGUAGAUUUGGGGUUGGGGCACGGUUGGUGAGAGGGGUGCCCUAACCUGUGGGCCAAAUUCUGGUUGAGGAACAGAGGAACCGGUGCUCAUCCAGGGGAGAAGCUAGCAGUUGCUCUUGGGUUGAGGAACUGGGUGGUUCCGGAUCAGAAAUUUCCCUUGGCACCCGAAUGAUGCCUGCAAGAAGAAGUUCCUAGACGUGGUGAUCCUUUGCGAUCUUUUGUGAUCCAUUAAGCCACCCACAAUGGCCUUGAGGGGACUCUGGCUCGUUGGCCACGAACAAGGGUCCUGCGGCACCGUGCUGUUUUCCAGGCGUUACCCCACGGUUGAAAAGCGAGCAAAAUGCCUCAACGGAGCAAGUUAUGUGGCCGUGCCUGAAGACGGCCCUUUCCUUAAAGCGCUGCUUUUCGAACUGAGACUGGCCGAUGAAGACCAGAGCUUCAUAGAGCGUAGGGAUGGCUGCUCCCGAAUCAACAAGACUUCGGUCUAUGCCCUUCAGACCGAAAGCGGCGAACUUUGGCCUGUGGUGGCCUUCCAGAAGAGCGGGUUGGUUUACGUCGGCCUCCCGUUGGUAGAGCAGCCCUUAGCACCACGCCCACCUCUCAUCAGCAUCAGCGGGGUCUCUCAGGCUUUUGCGGUCUUGUCGGGGCUGCUGGCUUUCAUGAACUCCAGCCAGAAGAGCAAAGCAGAGAGGACUUCCAAAAUUGGCCAGCUCCCAGGCUUGCUCAUGCAGAGCUGUCCUCUUGGCACCCCGCUGGAUAUGAACUUGAACGGCUCGUCAUUGGAAAGCAAUCACGUUGCUCCAAGUAGCCAUCCUCAGAAGCCACCAGCUUGGAGGACCAGCACGUACAAGGGAAAGCCUCAAGUUAAUGUCUGCAUUACUGAAAAAGUCAAGUCUGUGCAGUAUGACAAAAGGGAUGUGUCAGACAUGUGGCAGGUUUAUGGAACUGUAACUUGCAAGUGCGACAUCGAAGGCACGGCUCCCAACGUGACCAUCAGCUUGAACCUCCCUGCCAACGGCUCUCCUCUCCAGGACAUUUUGGCCCACCCUUGCGUUACGUCCCUCGACUCCGCCGUUCUGACUUCCAGCAGCGUUGACGUAAUGGACGACUCUGCCUUCAGCGGGCCUUACAAAUUCCCUUUAAUACCUCCUGCAGACCCCUUCGACCUGUGCUUUUAUACUUCCCAGGUGCCUGUUCCACCAAUUUUGGGGUUUUAUCAGCUAAAAGAGGAAGAGUCACAGUGGAAGUUCACCGUUCACCUGAAGCUUCAUGAAAGUGUGAAAAACACUUUUGAGUACUGUGAGGCCCGUAUUCCCUUUCUCAACAGGGGACCCAUUACACACCUGGAAUACAAAGUUAGCUACGGCCAGCUGGAGGUGGCGAAAGAGAAAAGCUUGCUGGUUUGGGUCAUAGGACAAAAAUUCCCCAAGUCAUUGGAAAUAUCCCUUUCUGGGACUGUCGCUUUUGGCGCCUUGAAUCAGGAGCAGCAGAUUGACCCUGUGUGUACUGGAAACACCACUUACAUCAAACUUUAUUUUAGAAUCCUGGAUUUCACGCUUACCGGAUGUUACACAGACCCGCAUUCCAUCCAGGUCUUUUCCUCAGGAAAACCAAAGAUCAGUACAGCUCGAGAAUUGCUUUCUUCAGAUUACUACAUCUGGAAUUCCAAAGCCCCGGCACCUGUAGUGUAUAGAACUUUACUUUUCUAAUUUUCCCUCAAUUUUGUACUUGAAAUGGGAAAAAAGUACUGAAAUGUUUUAA